GGCCAACGUUCAAGAUGGCGGACAGACAAGACAGAGAAGGAAGUUAUUGAUCAUGUUUCUUUUGAAACUGUGGAGUUUCUUAAUUACCAUGGAUGUAAUGAAGCCAACUCUGAUAAACAUAGGAGGAAGAUGUUACCGAAAAAUGCCGUUUGAGCAGAAAAUCGAACCCUAUACUGAACAGGCUUCGAACUCAGGCCAAAGAAAUGACGAAGGUAGGCACGUUGGAUUCAUUCAUACAAAAGAAGCAUAGUACAGAAGCGAUGUGAUGUUCGAAAGAGGAAUAAAUUUUUUUAAGCUAAAAAUUUGUACAUUUCUUUGCUUAAUAGCGUACUGUUCUGUAUGUUUGUUGUUGUCAAUGGUGGAUGUUUGUUUGUAAAAAAAUUUCACUUAUAAGUUAGUUUGAAUUUCCUUGUAGGAUGUAAAGCUGGAGUAUUGUACGAUCAAUCGUAUUUACAGAUAUCUAUUAUUAUUAUGUUUUUAUGAUGAUGAUGAUGAUUAUUGUACAUUGAAGCCACUAUCAGUCUUCUCAUUGGCUAAGAGACUAAAAGUGUAGACAGCAGUGUGAAUUGAGGUGGAGAGGCUAAAGAGUAGCCUGUGAAAACAUCUGUUUCUCCUCGCUCUUCGCCGCUGGGGACGUUUUGCGUGGAGGAACGUCUGCGACUCAGCGGCAGAAAUUCCAUACUGAUGACGCAAAUCAAUGUUUACAUAAUAAAUUCGAUAGUCACGGGGUUCCAAAUGCAAAUUUGUCCAAUUUUAUGUGUCUUCUGGUCGAUUUUGGUAAAGUAUUGUGUUCAUCUGCCAACGAGCUCCAGCAAAACUCAAAUGUUUCUUCUAGAGAAGAGUAUAUUCCACAAAUAUUGACUGUUUUGCUCGAGAUUCUUUGCGUUUACAUUUGACCUUUGUGGCCUUUUGUGUUUUGUCUGUCAUUCGUAAACAAUAGCUUAAACAAUCUAACUACUCUGUCGACCAAUCAGCGCUUCUGACCGGAUUCCGGACAGAUUUUACGUCAUCAGUAUGGAAUUUCUGUCGCUGAGUUGCAGACGUUCCUCCUCGCGAAACGUCCCCAGUGGCGAAGAGCGAGGAGAAACAGAUGUUUUCGCAGGCUAGCUAAAGGGCUGGACUCACCUCUGUCAUUAAGUCUUUAAAUUUUCCAGAAAAAGUGGGGGCAACUAAACCCCCCCAUCCCAUGGCCAGCCCUCCAACUCCACUGUCCCUGUACACAUACAUCAUAUUCAAGAGUAGUCUCUAUCUUAACUUAAAAAGUGGGCUAAGUGGUAUGUAGUUAUUCAGCAUGGCAUGUUUUAAGAACAAGAAAUAUGCAUUUGUAAUAGGAUUUACAUAUCACAUAGCGGGCUAACCAAAGAGUAUUCAAUGAAUAUUAUUGUGGAAUGGUAUCAUACAGUAUAAGCCAACAGAAAUGAUUUAGUUAAGAGAACACCAUGUACUUGUCACUUGCAGAGGAGGUAAUGUGGGAUGAUGAAGCUUGCGAUGCAUUUGGUUUGGUUGAAAAAACUGAUGAAGGUUAUAAGCUGUCGAUGGAAAUGCCAAGUUCGCUCCAUCGAUUUAUUAUUGGAAGAAGAGGGGAAACAAAGAGGAAAAUAGAGAAAGACACUGGUACACGUAUCUGGAUUCCUAGACAGGGCCAGGAAGGAGACGUAGGUGAGACCUUUUAUCAGAUUUAUAUUGUACUAAAGUCAAAACCCACAUAAGAGACCACUCAAAAUACCAAAAUUUGCUGGUUGCUUGUGAGAACGUUUUUACUACAGUACAGAACUUUAACUACUGGGUAAACAGAGUUUGGCAUUUACAUUAUAGUUUAGAUGGUUGCUGAUAGGGUUGGACGGUUAUUAUUUUUGUGCCACAAAAAUUAUGUCCCUACAGACCCAUUUGACAGUUCCUUUGAUUAAACUCAUAGAUUGAUACUGAUUUCCCAUGGUAACAACCGACAAAAUGAAUUUUCUUUUAAAGUUAAUGAUUUUUAUUUUUGAUGAUUAGUCCCUUUAUCAGACCUGCCAUGUAAUGUGACUUCCAAGAAAUUCCACCUAAUUUCCCUAUUAUCUGCAGCUAACAAAAGGCCUGAGUGCUCUUCUUGACUGACAAUAAUUAUAUGCAAGCACUAUUUUUGUUCUUUGAAGGGGAGACAAUUCUUUUAAAAUGUCACUUUUCUCGUUUAUUAGGCAGGAUUAGUGCAGUUAAUAGAGCUGUUGACUGCAGAGCCAGAGGUCAUGAGUUUAAUUUAUGAUCUUUCAUCUGACACACUUAAUAAAGUAAAUAUUAUUUGCUGAUGCCAAAUAAGACACAAAUAAUGCUAUCUGUUCUACACUUGCCCUUGAUAAAAUGGGGACAUUUUGCCCAACCUUGCCCCAUAAUGUUGGACUCUUGUUUUUGACUUACCUUGUAUCUCAUUUUGCAGUGAUAACGGGACCCCAAAGGAGUGGUGUAGUGGGGGCAAGAAGCCGCAUUGAAGUAAUAACGGAAUCUGCAAGACAAAAGAUUCCUUUUACACAUUUUUUGUGUUUUCCUUUGUAUGAAAGCAACUUGGAAAAGAAAGUUGAUGAGUUCAAAGUAAGAGUACUCAAGGAUUGUUUUGAGGUAGGUUUUUCACCAAACUCAUAUUUCAUUUUUCUCUUCUAUUCUCAAUAAUAAUGUCUUAAACAUGGCUAUGGGAUGUUAAAACCACAAUAAUCACUUAAAGUAAAAAACAAUACCACCAAAUUAUACCUAACUAUAAACACAUAUAGUGAACUCUCUCUAAGACCGACACCUUUAAUUUGGGACCUGCACUAAGUGUCCAUCUUAAAGAGGUGUCUUUCUUGGGUCAAAUGAAGGGAGUAAAGAAAGGCAGGGACCAACUCUAGGUGUCCAUUUGUCAAGGUGUCUGUCUUAUAGAGGUGUUCAUUAAGAGAAAGUCGACUGCAGUAUUUAUAGGGGUUAUAAACAAUAAACCGUGCAAUGGUUUCAAGGAAUUGGUAAUUCCACUGGUGAAGGGCCAGGCCCGAAAAAUUUGGAAAGGAUAACUUCAACUUUAACAUGGCACUUUUGUUCACGAUUUCUUUAUUUUUAAUGAACAUUUUUGUUAUAAACAAUAUCCACUGUCACCCACAAAUAACUCACAAUAUGGCAAGUUAAACUAAAAUCCCAACUAGGGGGCUCAGGCAAACCAGAGGACUAUUGAAAAUUGAAACUGUAAUCAACCCUAGCUGCUGGGUAAAGGGACUUGAACCCAGGGUGACUCGCAAGUUAAAAUCUGUCACUGUAAACUACUUGUGGGCAUCUGUCUCUCAAGCCCUUAAUUUCAGUACUUGUAAUCAGUGAGGCAUAAUUGUCAAUGUUAUUAUUGCAGUGCCGAGGAAUAGAUGCAAGUAUAUUCCAACUACCAAGCAAAAUUCACUUGACCAUCGGCAUGCUGACUUUGUUGAGUGACAAAGAUGUGGUAAGGAGAGGAAUGAUUUGUUCAUGGGGGGUGAUGAUAUUUCAAACAGCUAAUAAUCAGAAUAAUUUUCACUCUUUCUUCUUGUUACUGUUUAUUUUCUUAGACAACUUCCACCCUGAGAACCUGAUACUAUUUUGGUGGCAUGCAGUACAUAAUUUUGAAAUACUGAUCAUAAGAGAGGCAGCUUUGAACAUUCUUCUCUCAUGGCCACACAGGAGUUUUAAGUAGAAUAAGAUCACAAUAAAAUUAGCUGACAUUAGUAUGGCUAUUCUUGAUUGAAAUAAUAUUAAUGACAACCCUGGCCACCUUGUGACUGGUUUUCUAUUCAACAAACUUAUAAUCCAUUCAAGUCAUUCAGUGAUCAUGACUCCCUCUUGCAAAUAACUGCACCCACUUUCAACUGAAAUGGAAUUUUAAAACUUUCUCUUAUUUGUUGUGCCAGCAUCCUAGUAGCUCGUGCGAGUGCAAGUGCUAAAGGAAAGCAACAAAAGUAGGUCCGACAGCUACCGUGUCUGGAACAGUGUAUUGAGCAUAUCCAAUAUUAUCUUUAGGGACUGUUGCAUACGAAUUUUUUCCAACAACUUUUCUUGAAAUAGUUGUAUACACAGUUAUACACCCCUUAUAACUCAAUCAGCAAUUAACGAGUGUCCUUUGGUCCAUAAGUUUCAAAACAGCUGCUCCACAGAAUUUUUACCUCCCUUUGUUUUGGGGUAUGGCAAUGAGUUUUAACAAAAGGAAAUGAAAAUUAAACUAUGGAUAAAAUUGAACCACAACAUAUGCAUGCACCUCUUGCCAAUCUGUGUCACUUCAGACACAAGUGAUUAGAGUGCCACAAUGGUGAAGUGUCAAUAAACUGAAAAAUUAUUUCACAAUGUUGACCAACAGUUAUGAUACAGUACUCUUGAGUGUUGGAUAGGUGCCAUUUUUGUUGAGAAAUGAUAUUAAUAAACAAAAAAAAAACCUUGAGAUAUGACUAAACUUCUUGCAAGCAACAGGCACUCUUUCUUUACCUACUUUUGAGUGGUGGUGUACAGUUUUCAGAUGUUCUUACUGUAACAUUUUUUGGUUGGUAAUGGUGAAAAAGAGUUAAAAGAUCACACAACAAAGUGAAAACCACGAGGUGAUGUCAACUUCAAAAAAUCCUUCUAUAGGUCUGUGCAAUAUUUAUUUUGAGAGAUUAUUGAAACGUACUUCCAUAAAGGUCCCACAUUUACAAACAAAGUUAAAUGUAGCAAUCUUUGUAUUGCAGAAAAAUGCAGCAGACUUAUUGUCAGAAUGCUACCAAGAACUUGUCAGGUGUGUGCAUUUAAAAAACAGAGUUGCAAUGUAAUGUUUUUCAGAAAGGACAUGUUUUGACAGACUUGGCCAUGCAGUUGUAUUUUAGCUGGACCAACCAGAAUCGUCCAUUCAUGUAUAUGUUUUAGUACUAUGGAAAUCUUCAGCAUCAACUCGACGUGAUAUUCAUUAACUGUCUGGUUCUCAUAGCGUACUACAGGUCGGGCUUGAACUCCCUUGUCCUUGUCCUACCACAUGCCACAAAGAUUUUAUUUGACCUGCCUGGGCUAAUUUAAGUGUACAUUGUCCAAUGACCAACUUUUAUUUGUAUUCCUGUAAGAGUGUACUUGUAAUGCAUCCAUUUUUUGUCAGAGAAUGUAUGUCUCUGCCUUCUUCCUUAUAAAUUACAAUGACUUCAAGUUCUACUAUAAAUAUUUGACAUCUUUUAUGAAAGAUCUAAGUUUUUUGUCGUAAACAUUAUUGUUCAGUAUGAAUAAUAUGCUUAUUUAGCAAACUUAUGUCCAUAUGAGAAGCCGAAGCGUCCUUACCAACUGGACCCUUGGCAAAAUAUCGCAAUACUAUUUUAAAAAUAUUUCCAUUGAACAAGCAAAGAGGCGUACACAAGAUAAGAGUGGUUUCGCUGCAUUGGUUGACCGUGUAGUCGUUAAUGCAACUCCGUGGUAACAUAACAACUGGUCAAGGAUUACACUAUAACAAAUACAAUUUUUAGGAACUUAUUAGAAAGAUAAUAUACUUCCUUGUUCAAUACCUUCAGGGAGUAUUUGCAGGACACUGCUGUUGAAAUAGAACUUAAAGGUGUAGAGUACAUGAACGAUGAUCCGGCGGAGGUCGAUGUUUUGUAUGCAAAAGUUCUCCCCAAAGAUGGCUCGGACAGGUGAUACUUGUAAUCAUAAAAAAUGUUAUCUUGUUGUUAUAUACUGCACUACAAUUUAUCUCUCGAAUUACCUGGUGAAAUGACUGUGUCAUGCUCUUGAAGUUUUUUACUAACGGCACUCUCGCUGAGAAAGAGGAAAUUAAAAAAGAUACCACGACGGCGAAGGCAGCAAAAACGUCACUUUUUAGCCAGACUUAAAAUUGAAGCUUACUUAUAAUUUUCUCAAACAAAAAAUAAAAUCGAGCAAUGCUAAACGGCGACGGCAACGAGAACUGCCAAAAAAUGAAGUCUAAUUAGCAACAAAAAAACAACUUUGCACGUGCAGCACACAUUUUUGUUUAAUGAUUUCUUUGCCGUUGUUUGGCACGUCCACAGCGUAAAACUUGCUAGUUACACAUUUUAUGGAAAAAAAAGUCCUAUGUGCUCACCAAAGAUUUUGUUGCUUGCGUUCCUGUGCGCUUUUUUUUUCGCUGCCGCUCAUUUUUACGUUGCUGACUUCUCCUUGCUAAGCGCUAGCAUUUCUCAAUUUCUCAUCGCCGAUUUAAAACUUUCACUUAUUUUUCCAACAUAAUUCGUCGCCUUUGUUUUUAUCUCUCGCUGUAGCUCUUUCUCUGUUAUCCACGUCAGUGUAGAUAUUAAAACUUAUUUGAAAAAAGACUCGACUUAAUUGUUGCUUUUUCUCUCUGAAAGUCCGGGUGGCCACGCGAUUUCGCACCAAAAACGUCGAAUCCCAUUUGGGUUGCCAAUUAAAACAAAACCACAAGAAGACUUGAUUCAUGACGCACCUGAAAAAACAGCCUGGUGGACAGACCCUUUCUACAAGUUCCGUCAAAUUUUGUUUCCCUAUUUUAUUCUCAAAUGAUAAAAGUGUGCUACAAUUCCUUAUAGUGGAUGAUAACGUCGCUUAAAAAGUGAAUUAACGGUCUUUCAAUUUUCAUCGCAAUUAUUUGAACUCACUUACUUUGUCAAGUGUAGGCGAACUCUCCUAGAGUUGAAUUCCUAAGGUCCAAGUUCAGAAAGGGAAAGAAAAGUUCCUUGUGGCUUGUUUACGUCCUCCAUAAAACCUGAAAUAAGGCGUGUACUGCACGUGCAAAGUUGUUGUUUUGCCUAUGAGACCUAUUGCUGUUUUGACGUUCAGGUUGCUGUCGCCGUCGUCGCAUCUUAAGGUCCCUAUUGCAGCAAAAUGUGUUGUAAAGCGAUGUUUCGCGUUUUAUUACCCACGUACAACAAAUCAGGUUAUUGCAUGUUACACAAACACUGACUUCUGAUUGGUUAAAAUCAAGCGGGAGUCCAUACCACACACAGGAUUUACGUCACUUGCUGCAAAGUCAGUUUGCCUUGGGCCAGUAAAACGCGAAAUGAGUACAUACUAUGUUACAAAGAGUAGAACUUCUCUCUACUUUCCGCAAGAACUUUCGCAACUUGCGACAACCUGAUUUGUUGCAAGACAAGUUUGAUUCGUGGGUGGUAAAACGCGCAACAUCGCUAUUCAACUCGUUUUGCAGCAAUGUUGCAUAACAAGUUGCACGUUUUCAUUAAAAGUUAAUAGCGAUCUAAGGCCCUGUCCACACCUAGGUUGUGACAAUAUAACAUCGACCCAGGAGAAGUGUUGUGUCCAGCGGUUUUAGUGAAAAACAAGGGUUUGUUGGUGUUGCUCAGUGUCGCGGGCUCACAAAAUCUCCCUCAGGUCGAUCUUAUUUUGUAUUUGCCCCACGCUUAUCCCGAUAUUUUUGAAAACGGAGAAAAGAUCUCCGUUUUCAAAAAUAUUCGGAUACAUGUGGACAGGGCUUAAGUUAGGUAAAGAUAAUAAUAACCUUCUCUAUAUGAUAAAAAAAAAAAAAAAUCGCUAUUCAAUACUCACAAAAAAGACCUAUGUACAGUGGUUCACUUAAAAAGAAUUAAAACGAAAUUUGUACCUUAACAUCUGUUAGAAAAAAAGAAAAGAUCAUAAUGUCUCAGUAUCUCUUGAAAUAUAAUCCACGAAAAUAUUUCUCUACUUAUUAUUUUUACUAUUACUAUUACCAAUCACAAUCAAUAUUUAACAUCUUUUCACUAAUUCCUCUUUAAAAUCUGCCACGAUUUCAACAUGAACCAACAACGAUAAGAAUAUUAAAUAGUAGGAAUAAUUGAAUAUGCAAUAUUCAGUAUCUUUUAUAUGUCUUUUAAUUUAGGCUCCAAAGGCUGGCUGAUGCAAUUGUUGAGAGAUUUGUAUCCAAGGGUUUGAUGAAAAAACAGUAUGACCAAGUCAAGCUACACGCAACUGUCAUGAAUUCCAAACUGCGCAACACUGAUGAACAAACCCCAGCUAAGAAAAGCCGAACAGAUGUGCCCCCCAGAUUUGUAAAGAAAUUAUCAUUUGAUGCAAGGAAAAUUAUUUCGGUAAGGCUACAUACCUGAGGGGAUCCCCAUAAUGGUCUAUAGAGGGAGGCCCCGCCCAAAAGGGGUACUUUUUUCAGGCUUUUGGUUUAUGAAAGGGUAGGGAGUAUAUGAAAGGGUAGGAAAAUAUAUCCUUUCGGUCUGUAAAAAGACCCAAGAGGGAUUGUAACUGAUGCAUUUUAUGGCUAUGAUAGAGUUAGACGUGAAAACGUUCUGGUUAUAUGAUUUAUUCAUAUAUUUACAUAUCAGUUAAAAGGAAUUCAAAGUUCUAAGCUGGGUGUGUGAAACGGGGAACCAUUUUUCAAUAGCAGGUUAUACGAAAGGAGUUGCUUUUCUAUUAAAAAUGGUAUAUAAAAGGGUACAGGGUUUGGACCUCAGGGGAGACUCCCUGCUUAAAAAUUGGUUGAUCACUCGAGCCAUAUACUUUCAAAUGUCAAUGGGAUAAGUCGGUUCGUGCGUCGUCGUCUCUGGACCUGUGCUUUUAUCACUGCACCACUCUUGCUCCCAAAUGAUGAGUUUCACUUGUUGCAUGUUUUGUCUAUAACUUUCAAUCUAUUUCUUUUAUUGUUUGCAGUUAUUUGAAGACUUCAGCUUUGGUGAAUACCAUCUAGGCACAAUUCAUCUGUCUACAAGAGGACGCUAUGAUGCCGAGGGACAUUAUGAAUGUGCUGCAUCUGUCCCCUUACCUUGACUCAGUUCCCUGCCUUCGAACCUUUACAUGCGAUCUUGGACAUAGUUUCGUGGAAAUUUCACAACUCCCGAAUGAAUGGUUUAUUUUAGAAAAGAAAACUUCUUGACUUUGCAAUGUGUAGGCGGUAACCAAUCAAAUCGCUCGAAAGUCGAAACCAGAGUUAUGUCGUCCGAAAUAUAUAGUCAUGUGACUCAUGUCGUUCGAGAUUUUAUCAGCUGUAAUACAGAGAAACAAAGUUGAAUAAAGCAGUGCGUGUGAUACGGGUAUAUCUUGUUCUUUAGGCCAUGUUGAGACGAAACAAUAGCGAUAAAUCAGUA